AUAACAAAAAAGUGAUUAGUUCGGAAUUCAGAAAUAUAAUUCUCAAAUAAAUUCUAAAAAAUUAUUUCAUCUUUAUUAUUAUUUUAUUCUCGGAUUAACUAAAUUAUUAAUAGUUAAAAAUGUCGUCAGUCAUUAAUUUAAUUAGGAAGAAUAAUGUAGGGAUCCUAUUUAAGUACUUGUCAAUGAACCAACACAUAAGAAAUGCUUCAAAAUGGUAUCCAGGUGUGGAAGAUAUGAAAAAAUUUGAACAACCUGUUAUGUUUGUACCUGAGGAAGCAGGUGAUUGGAAAGUUCAAGCUUGGAAUUCAAAUAUUCAACCUGUAGAACGUGAAGUUAAGAAUAUGACCAUAAAUUUUGGACCCCAACAUCCUGCAGCACAUGGUGUGCUUCGUUUAGUACUUGAACUAUCAGGAGAAGUUGUCAUUCGUGCUGAUCCACAUAUUGGACUUUUACAUAGAGCCACUGAAAAAUUGAUUGAAUAUAAAACAUAUACUCAAGCACUACCAUAUUUUGAUCGUCUUGACUAUGUAUCAAUGAUGUGUAAUGAACAAUGUUAUUCAUUGGCUGUAGAAAAACUUUUGAACAUAGAAGUACCACUCAGAGCUAAAUAUAUUAGAACUCUGUUUGCUGAGAUUACUCGCUUAUUAAAUCAUAUUAUGGCUGUUGGUACACAUGCAUUAGAUGUGGGUGCUAUGACACCCUUCUUUUGGCUUUUUGAAGAAAGAGAGAAAAUGAUGGAAUUUUAUGAACGUGUUUCUGGUGCAAGAAUGCAUGCAGCAUACAUUCGCCCUGGAGGAGUUUCUCAAGAUAUUCCACUUGGUUUAUUGGAUGAUAUUUAUCAAUUUACAUCAAAAUUUGGUGAAAGAAUUGAUGAAACAGAAGAUAUGCUUACUAAUAAUGGUAUUUGGAUAGCUAGAACUCGAGAUAUUGGUAUUGUGAGUGCAGAAGAUGCUUUAAAUUUAGGUUUCAGUGGUGUAAUGUUACGUGGUUCUGGAAUCAAAUGGGAUUUGCGUAAAACACAGCCAUAUGAUGCGUAUCAUCUUUUAGACUUUGAUGUACCAAUUGGAACUCGUGGCGAUUGUUAUGAUAGAUAUUUAUGUCGAGUGGCUGAGAUGAGGCAGUCAAUUAGAAUAAUUGAACAAUGCUUAAAUCAAAUGCCUGCAGGAGAAGUUAAAACUGACGAUAUGAAAGUUACAACACCAUCUCGAUCAGAAAUGAAAAAUUCAAUGGAAGCGUUAAUUCAUCACUUUAAAUUAUUUACCCAAGGCUAUCAAGUACCACCUGGUGCUACUUACACAGCAAUCGAAGCACCUAAAGGUGAAUUCGGUGUUUAUUUAGUAUCUGAUGGAUCAUCUAAACCAUAUAGGUGUAAAAUUAAAGCUCCAGGAUUUGCUCAUCUCGCAGCUUUAGAUAAAAUAGGAAAAAAACAUUUCCUUGCUGAUAUAGUAGCAAUUAUAGGUACUCUGGAUGUUGUAUUUGGAGAAAUUGAUCGUUGAAUUCUAUUUAAUUUAAUUUUAAGUAAUAAGUUAAAAUUCUUUACUUUUUUUUUAUGUUGAUAAUUCAUAAACAACCAGUCAUAAGCUGUAUAUACAGUUACAACUACUUUACAAGAAAUGUAUUGUAAAAAUGUAUGUUACUUUCUAUCUUAAAUAAAUACAUUUUUGAGUAGUGUUUACUAUGAUAUUUAUUAAA